CGGCCCGCUACCCCGCCUGCCUUUUCCUCCCAUCUUCCGCGAGGCGGGAUGUGUUCGUCUUCGCCUCCUCCGUCAUGGCGCCGCUGCCGAAGUCUGUCGAGAUCAUUGCGGAGCAUGUCCUAACGCAGCUCACCAACUCCAAGAACCGGCCUCUCUUCGUCGCGCUGCAGGGUCCUCAGGGCAGCGGCAAGUCGUACACCGCCGACCUGCUUGCCGCGCAUCUCUCCGCACCGCCGCACGCGCUCCGUGUCGCCCAGCUCUCUAUUGACGACCUCUACCUUCCGCAUGACGCGUUAGUCGCGCUUGCCAAGACCGGCAAUCCACUCUGGCGCGGACGCGGGCAGCCGGGCACUCAUGACGUCGAGCUCGGUGUGCAGCUCCUGACGAAGCUCAAGGAGGGCAAGGAGAAGGUCGAGCUCCCUCGCUUCGAGAAGAGUCUCUUCAAUGGAGAGGGCGAUAGACUGCCGAUGGAUGGUACGGGGCCGGUCGUGCAACCGCCAGUGGACGUAGUCCUGCUCGAAGGCUGGUGCACGGGCUUCUACCCGAUCACGAUUGAGGAGCUCGAGCAGCGAUGGGACAGCCAUUGGCGCGAGGAGCGCGUGCGCUUAGGCCUCGAGGACAACGAACUCGGCACGAUGGAUCAUGUCAUUGCGAUCAACGACGCGUUGAAGAAGUACGUCAAGUUGUGGGAGUUCUUCGAUGUGUUUGUGCAGCUGGUGCCUGCGCCUACAGAAGCUUCGCCGUAUGCUGUCAUCUACAAAUGGAGACUCGAGCAGGAGCACAACAUGAAGGCAAAGAACGGUGGCAAGGGAAUGACGGAUGAAGCCGUGAAGAAGUUCGUCGACCGCUACAUCCCCGGCUACGUCUUCUUCAGCGACGGUGUUACCGAUGGUCUAGUCGGUAGAGUGGAGGGCGUCGACGUGCCCUUGAAGGCCGACAACGCACCUGCCAAGGCCACCGAAACACUUCCGACUCCCACUGAUGCGCCCUCUGAGGACGAUGACAAGCCCCGCCAGCCUACCCACCCACCAAGCUGGAGAGGUCGCGGACUGCGCCUCAUCAUCGCACCCGACAGGUCGGUGGUGGGGAUGGAGCACUUCUGACCGGUCUGCAAGGGUGUUCACGAUGUUACGACGGUGGACGUCUGAUCUUUCGGGCGGAUGGAAUCUGGCGAAACGCGGUGGGAAUCUGGCGCCGUGGUGAAGAUUGAUGCAAUUGAGCGUGAUUGAACGGAGGGAAAGAGUAUAGAGCGUAGUAAGUUGUUAGACAACCGAAUGAAGUUGCUGAACGCCUUGGAAGUCCCGGGAUCACCAUUCGACGCUAUGUUAUGCUGACUUCCUG